AUGGCGGCAGGUAUCGACAUCAAGUGUCUUUUCUUUUACCUUCUUUUAUUUUCUGUUUUGCUCGUCACAGCGGCUCAUAGAUGCGAGGAUAUCUAUGUUUCAAAUCUUGGAAGAGACUGGUAUUUUACAUGUGGACAAAGCAAUAGUUCCAUCAUUGCAGUGUGUGUACAUGGUGGCGAGCUUAUGUUAUCUCGCAUUUGGGCAAGCGUUAAAGUCCUGCUCAAAUUUGACAAAACAGAGGUGCAGUUCUAUGAGGCUGAAAGCUGCUCUGCCUUGUAUCCAGCAAACAAGUCCUGGGCAUCAGUAUUGCAGUCCUUUGUCACUUCUAGGAAUGUUUUGGAUCAAAUUGUGUUCAGUUACUCACCAUUAAAGACAUCAUGCUUUGCAGUUGAUUUAAUUGGAAAGAAGCAGGCUGUGAGAGUGAUGGCUUCACUUCGAGGAAUACUUUGUUCUUUUACUCAUCUGGUGUAUCACUUGGUGUCAUUGCUUCCCUGUUGAUGCUUGUUUAUAUUUUGCACAGACUUGUCCCUGGGAGAGGAAGUGCCUAUGCCAUCUUGUUAGGAGGUUGGAGUUUUGCUGCCUACCUGAUCCAGUGGACAUUGGGUAACUUGAAAGAACUGAUGGUCAACCACUAUCAAUGGGUCAUCGGAUAUCUUGUGGUAGUAGGGUUUCGUACAGAAUUUAUUACUUCUUCUUUCCACCAAAACACAAGUUUCUAUCACUGGAGGAAUAUGCUUCAGAAGGGGCAGAGGAAACAAAAAGAGCUUUAGAAGAUCUUAGAGAAUAUUGCAGAAGUCCUGACUGCGAUACUUGGCGCGUGGUUAGUCGACUCAAACAUCCAACUAGAUUUGCCUCAUUCGUGGCAACCGGACAGCAUAUUUCAGACGAAGAAGUCAAGAAAUACGAGGAGGAUCCAUCGGCAUGGAUGACAUCCGACAGCGAUGGAAGUGACAGUGAACCUAAUGACCAUAUUGAUUAGCACUCGUCACCGUUUAACGCCAAGAAGCAGCACCGGGCCUCCACGUCCUGGACUCAUUUUCCAUAAAAGGAUGGUGUCAACGAGUUAUCGUCUGCGUAAGGUCCUUUUGGCAUUAGAGCUGUCGGCAUGCAAUUGCCAAUUUGGAGGUACCCGGUCUGGGCGGAGACUGUUACCUUUUGUGGUAGAACUAGGGGACUGUAUGCAUGUUGCUGGCACCUCUCAAUUGUACACUGUUUGUCAAUGGACAUGCUAGAUUCGUGGCAUUCUGUGGAGUUGAGACGUACGGAGAGGACUGGAAGGGGUAGGAAUAAAGUUAUCCGCAAGGUUUGAGACAAAUGCUUUUAAACGUUGUCAAACGAAGCAAAAUUUCUUUGACAUUUUUAUUGCAAUAAUUUAGCGUUAGCAGAAAUUUCACCAUGUACAAGCUGGUCUUGAUCACCGAGUGUACAUAGUUAACAAGUUGAUCUAUUUUUUAUUUCCACUUUCCUCAUAUUCGACGUUCGGAUGUUUGCAUGCAUAGCUCAUUCAGUGUGAUGUUUGAUGGGUAUAAGAUUGAUGAAAGUCUUUCGGAGUUAUGUUUCAGAGUUGAGUUCGUACAAAAAUAUAUUUAGCCACGGAUUGCCAAAAUGGGAAUUUGUUUUAUUUAGGAAUGGAUACAGAUCUACACACCUGUCUCACGGAAAUUUGCGUAGAACUUUGAAAUGUACUUUGCAUUUGCUUUUCACUUACGAUCACUUCCAAGAACUAUGAGCUGCCAAAAUUUAGGCCAGUAAACAAAUGUCGAAAUAUAUGCGCUAAAUUUCUUCUAAAAUGACUUGGCGAUAACAUGCUCACAUUACCUUACUUAGUUUAGUUCAUUUUAAUCUCAUUUGUUAGUGCCCUUUUAUCAAUAAAGUUAAAUUUCACAUACGAGCUUUUUCAUCUCUAUUCAUUUCGGCAAAAUGUUUUUAUUACUGCUACAUCACUACUAAACUUCUGCUACACUACUGCAUGAUGGGACCGUUUGAACUUUCAGCACCGUCGUCAUGAGUUAUGCUCUUUAAGUUUUGCGUCAUGUAGAGUGUCAAAGUGGAUUUCCUUCAGACUUCGGUUUAGCUUUUGAAUUUCAAAAUCUGGGCUGUGAUUCUCCCUUACAGACCCUGUCCUUUUUUCUGUAAAUUAGUGUAGAGAACUUAAUGUUAAAUCAAGAUGAUGUUCUAUCGUUGAUGGUUUGGUCUAUUUUCAUCGCCAGCUUUCUGGAUGAUGCGUAGAUGUUUUAGGAUUAGCUAAAUCUAAAUCAACGUAGGGAGAUGGAUAGUUUAAGAUAAAGCGAAUGCGGAAUACUGGACUUUCGACUGUUCUUUACCGUUGAAAUCCUAGAAGGGAAGUUCAUUGCUAACCUCGCGAAACAGCCAAUGAUAGUGUUAUCGUGAAACAAGUUAUAGGGCAAUAAUAUUUGCCAAAGGAAGAUCUAACAUCCAAUGAUGGCCGAGGUUGAGAGUUAAUCUCACUGCACUAACUCUGCUUCACUGGGAAAGCAUUAAACAGUUCUGUGUGGAAAUGUUACGUUCACCAUUAUGUGUAGAUGUUGACCAACUCACACGCCCUUCAUUGGAGACACAAUGGAGACUUAAGACGAAGGACUGGAUUGAAGCGUUUCCACUUAAACAGUUCCCAUAGUAGUGAAGCAAUGUGAUCAUUGCCAUAGUGUGCGAGUUUUCGUAACAUUAACACAUUUUCGUUCCACCCCGGAUGACCCAUUGUCUUUGAUUGGCGCUAGUGAUUGUUGCAUGACGCAUAGCCUUAAAAAUCUUCAGUUUAGAGACGGUCUAAUAACUACACUACAUCAUGACUUUGGAUUUUUAACGCUUCAUUAAGGAGCACUUGAACCUGAAAGCUGGAUCAACUGUGGCAAGGCUGUUUUUCUUGCUCUUUUUGUAUUGCUGCAAAUUAAACAAUUCAACCU